AUGGACGUCGUCACGGCUGCCUCGGGGUAUAUCUCCAAGAUGGUCACCGUGGGCGAGUCGACCGCCUCCAAGAUGAAGAUCCUCCUGUUGGAUAGUGAGACGGUCCCCAUUGUCUCAACCGCCAUCACGCAGUCUGCCCUCCUCAAUCACGAGGUCUACCUGAUCGAUCGCCUGGACAAUGCCGCGCGCGAGAAGAUGCGCCACUUGCGAUGCAUAUGCUUCGUGCGCCCCUCCCCGACCUCCAUACAGUUCCUGAUCGACGAGCUGCGCGAACCUAAAUACGGCGAAUAUUACAUCUAUUUAAGCAACAUCAUCCGCAAAUCCGCCCUGGAGAGGCUGGCAGAAGCGGAUAGCCAUGAAGUGGUACAGUCGGUACAGGAGCAGUUCGCCGACUUCCUCGUCACAAACCCCGAUCUCUGUUCGUUGGGCAUGGGUUUCCCCUUACAGCGCAUCUGGAGCCACUCGCCCGAUCUGUGGAACCCGGACUCGCUACAGAGAGCGACAGAAGGCACGCUGGCGCUGCUUCUCGCGUUGAAGAAGAACCCGCUGAUCCGAUACGAGAAGAACAGUCUGUUAGCUCGGAAACUAGCUACGGAGGUCCGAUACCACAUCACACAAGAGGAGCAGCUGUUUAAUUUCCGCCGGACGGAUACCCCGCCUAUCCUCCUCGUGCUCGACCGCCGCGACGAUCCCAUCACCCCACUGCUCACCCAAUGGACAUAUCAGGCCAUGGUGCAUGAAAUGCUUGGCAUCAACAAUGGUCGCGUCGAUCUGCAGGAUGUCCCUGAGAUCCGGCCGGAGCUGAAGGAGAUCGUCUUGGCCCAGGAUCAAGAUCCGUUCUUCAAGAAGAACAUGUAUCAGAACUUCGGCGACCUGGGUCAAAAUAUCAAAGAAUAUGUGGAGCAGUAUCAAACAAAAACGCAGAGCACGGCCAAUAUCGAAUCUAUCACCGAUAUGAAACGCUUUGUGGAGGAUUAUCCGGAGUUCCGGAAACUCGCCGGCAACGUGAGCAAGCAUGUCACUCUGGUGGGCGAGUUGAGUCGACGGGUCGGCGAAGACAACCUGCUCGACGUGAGUGAAUUGGAACAAAGUCUCGCGUGUAAUGACAACCACACCAAUGACCUCAAGUCCCUCCAACGAAUUAUCGGACUACCAAAUGUACCUGCAGACAACAAGCUGCGCUUGGUAGCCCUCUACGCCCUUCGUUAUGAGAAACAUCCCAAUAAUGCCCUACCCAUCCUCCUCGACCUCCUCGUGACAGCAGGCGAGGUCCCCUCCAACCGCGUCAACCUCAUCUCCAAGCUCCUUGCAUACCAUCACUCUCUCCAAGCCCCUCCUGUCGCGGGUGGGUUCUCCGACCUCUUCGAAUCAACAUCCUUUUUCUCUGGUGCACGAGACCGUUUCAAGGGUCUCAAAGGCGUCGAAAAUGUUUAUACCCAACACUCCCCUCGGUUAGAAGUGACCCUUCAGAAUCUCAUCAAGGGUCGCUUGAAAGAACUCCAAUAUCCCUUCUUGGAGGGCAGCGGUCACACGCGUGAUAAGCCGCAGGACAUCAUUAUCUUCAUGGUCGGCGGUGUUACCUACGAGGAGGCGAAGAUGGUGGCGCAGGUCAAUGCUAGCUCUCCAGGCAUUCGGGUCGUCCUCAGUGGAACAUCCAUUCACAACAGUACUACAUUCCUGGAGGAGGUUGACGAUGCGGUGGGCAGCUGGCCGGAACCAGGACCCACGACAGCUGCAGGACGGCUGCGACGGGAAGUUGGUCGCUAA